AUGGUUGCAACCUUCUCGCCGCACCGGGACUCGGGCGGCACACUUCAUCUGCCACACUCGGGGAUUCACCAUGUCGAUGCCAGCUCUGCCAUUCGUCAACUGAGGCGCUCGCUGUCGCGUUCUCCGUCCAAAAGCUCCAACUUCUUCCUCAACACGCGCACUCAGUCUCCCUCCAAAUCCGCCUACAUUUCCUCUCCCUUGUCACCAUCACGCCGCGCCUCUCAGAACAAUUUUGUUCUUUUUCCAUCUUCGCAUCAGUCUCCUCUCGCUGUACCUUACCCUCCUAGUGCGAAAAUCUCUCGGCCGGCUAUGCGUCGCCGCACGUCACCCCGCAGUCCGCCAAAGCGCGUUCUUAGCGUGUCAACAGACGGCGGCAACGCGACUCCAGCUCAACCGAUCAUGGUGCCCGGUGAUGAAAAUGCUCUGACGCUUGACGAUCUUGUGCCAGAAAGCACCACCCCAGACAGUCCUUGUUUUAUCAACACUCCCUCGGCUCCUCAGGGGGAAACGACAUUUGCGCCGCGAUCAACAUUGUCGCGUAUUGAGAAGCGACGAAGUGGGACUUUCGGGGCCAUCGCAACUGGCAGUCCUUUGAAGCGCAGCGACGGAAUCAUGAACUUGGACCAGGCAUCGCGAGGCAGCCCCUCUGCGAAACGGCGUAGUGUACACACGCCGACCUUCUCCACUGAUUUCAGUAUUUUUGAUAACGAUAAUGACGAGGAUGAGAAUACCACCCCAUGUGGAUCUCCAGGAAAUGAUAUUCCGUCGUUCCCCACGCCAGUCCAACCCCACAGUCCUUUCGCAACAAUUCCUAAGCGCUCAUCUUCUCUACGCCGCUCCACCCUGCAGCAACGGGGCGAGCGUCCUCUCUUUGGACGACCAAGGGCAUUGGGUGAUUCACCUGAAGCAUCGCCAGCUGGUACCCCAUUGACUGUAAGGCCUCGCAACUCUUUUGAUAGCAGCCUAUUCCAGCCAGGCAGCGAGAACAUUUUCUCCCCUCGGCCACCAGCCAGCCCUCUCUUCGCACCUAACCCACCCGCUAAUACCACCACUACUCAACCUUCUCGGCCUGCUGCUCAUCCUCUUUCUCGCACUAUCACCCAAUCCUCUUCGGGGUCAAGUCUCGAUGAUUCGCCUACACAUGAACCCGUUCACAACCCUCGACCGAUGUUCAACUUCUCUAAGUCUCUACCCGCCGGAGCUACUCGCCCAGCUCCCGUGCGCCGGAUCACACGAGAGGAUUCAUCGGAGAACUUUGCUACCCCGGAGAACUACAAGUUGGUCAAGCCGUUGCCAGCGGCAUUCAUGUCAACCGGACUUAUCUCUAAGAAGAACCGCAAUGCUGAGGAGAAUGGUCCUGGUUUUAACAAGAGUAUGCCCGAUACACCAUGCAAACGACCUGUCAACAUGUUUGCAGCUGGCGCCAAUCCGACAGACCGACUUUUUGACAAGUCUCGUCUGGUUCACCAGUCCGAUUCUGUCUCCGCCUCACCAUUCAACCCUCCCACCACCUCGCGUCCCAAGGGAGGACCCUUUGCUCGAGGCAUGGGCAUCUUUGGUAACAGCUUCAACCGCCCGGAGGCCUCGCGCCGGGGAAGCUUCGUCAGCAUUGAUGGCGACGAUCUUGUGGCUCAAUCGCCCUCUUCCCGGCAUGACAGCCAACCGCUCAACGACUCCGACUUCCCUCCUACUCCCACCAAGCAACCUUUCCUGCCCUCUCGCACCUACCCUCCAACCACCUCCCAAAUUCCUUCCUUAGAGCGACUGUCUGAAACUGCCAGUCCGCUACGCGAGAAGUUCCUCCAGGCAUCACCUCACACCCCUCGCGACCAAUUCUUCCCUCCUGACCCCAGUGGCUUAUCGAUUUCUGUGCCCAAUGACCAGUCUGUGCAGCUAGAGCACGAACUCCCUGCUACACCCACUGGCCCCCGCGACUCUUGGUCAUCACUCCGACGUCCCAGUCUGCAAAUUAGCGGCUAUCAUGCGCCGGAUGUAGAUUCGAGUUUAAGCUCCCGCUUCGACAGCGUCGAGCUUAUCGGCACUGGUGAAUUUUCUCAGGUGUAUCGCGUCGCACAGCCCCACGAUGCCUCUUUCCCUUCUGUAUUCUCUCUUCCAUCAAGCGAGCCAAAGUCUCCCAGUUCUAUCCCACACCAGGUAUGGGCUGUCAAGAAGAGCAAGCAGCCAUAUCUCGGGUUGAAGGAUCGUGAACGUCGUAUUCGCGAAGUGGACGUUCUCAAGACAUUGACCAACUGUGAUCACGUCGUUUCCUUCAUGGACAGCUGGGAAAACAAUGGUCAUCUCUACAUUCAAACAGAGUUUUGUGAGGAGGGCAGUCUCGAUGGUUUCUUGGCUCAAGCCGGACUCAAGGCCCGACUUGAUGACUUUCGUAUUUGGAAGAUUUUACUUGAACUGUCACUGGGUCUGAAGCAGAUCCAUGACGAGGGUUUUAUUCACCUUGACCUCAAGCCUGCCAACAUUCUGGUCACCUUUGAAGGUACUUUGAAGAUUGGCGACUUUGGCAUGGCCGCACGUUGGCCUGCAGAGGAGGGCAUCGAAGGUGAAGGUGACCGCGAGUACAUUGGACCCGAGAUUCUUAUGGGCCGCUACGACAAGCCCGCCGAUAUUUUCUCACUUGGUCUGAUCAUGUUCGAGAUUGCCGGAAAUGUUGAACUCCCUGACAACGGAGUAUCCUGGCAGAAGCUCCGAAAUGGAGACAUUAGUGAUGUCCCCAGCCUGACUUGGAGCACGGAGACCACCAGCAUCUUCCGUGAUGCAACUGGCAACCCUAUUUCCGACGGUUCCUCCUUCGAGGAGCUUUGUACGUCGGAUCUUGGUGACCACGAAUUUGACGACGAUUUCCUGACAAGUCGUCAAUUGAACCAGCCCAAGCCACAGCGACUUGCACGCAGUGGUGAGCUGGUCGACCCGCCUACUUUCAUGGUCGAUGCAAAUCACCCACAAGCUCUGGACGGGAUCGUCCGCUGGAUGAUCACCCCUGAGCCUCAGCACCGUCCCACGGCCGACCAAAUCCUGGAGACCUACGGAGUGCAAUUUAUUAACCAACGACGCCGCGCAGGCGCCACCGUCUUUGAGGGUAACUGGGGUCCCGCUGACGAGAUCUUGGCCGAAGAUGCCGAAAUGAUCGAUGUGUAA